AUGGCCGGCCGAUUCGGGUUCCAGUCAUCCGCGCCGGCGAAAAUGAGAGUCACCAACACUCCUUCCACGGAUCUCGCCCUCACCAACCUCGCUUACUGCUCCGCCACCGAUCUCCACAACUUCGCCGUCCCCGGGACCAAGUUAUUCAUGGCCUUGAUCGCCGACCGAGUCAGUGAGCAUAUUGCACUGAAUGCUGUUCAGCGUCGGCAUAUCCAAGUUUCUGCCGGUGAUGAAGUGUCCAUCAGCAGGUUUAUUCCUCCCGAGGACUUCAACCUUGCAUUGCUUUCACUUGAGCUGGAAUUUGUCAAGAAGGGAGCCACUAGAACUGAACAGGUUGAUGCUGUUCAGCUGUCCAACCAGCUAAGGAAAAGAUUUAUGAACCAGAUUAUGACUUCAGCGCAAAGAGUCACAUUUGAGUAUCAUGGGACAAACUACGUUUUUACCGUCAAUCAAGCCACUGUGGAGGGACAAGAUAAAUCUGGUGAUGUAGAAAGAGGGAUGAUAGCUGAUGACACAUACUUCAUCUUUGAAGCACCAACUGCUAGUGGCAUAAAGAUUGUUAAUCAACGUGAAUCAGCCAGUAGCAAUAUAUUUAGGCAGAAGGAGUUCAAUCUAGAGAAACUGGGCAUCGGUGGCUUGGGUGCGGAGUUUGCAGAUAUAUUUCGAAGAGCUUUCGCAUCUCGUGUUUUCCCACCGCAUGUGAUAAGCAAGCUGGGGAUUAAGCACGUGAAGGGAAUGCUGCUUUAUGGACCUCCUGGAACUGGGAAAACUUUGAUGGCUCGUCAAAUCGGGAAAAUGUUAAACGGAAAGGAACCUAAGAUUGUUAAUGGUCCAGAAGUCCUCAGCAAAUUUGUUGGUGAAACUGAAAAGAACGUUAGAGAUCUUUUUGCAGAUGCUGAAAAUGAUCAAAGGACGCACGGAGAUCAAAGUGAACUGCAUGUGAUAAUCUUUGAUGAAAUUGAUGCUAUAUGCAAGUCCAGAGGAUCAACUAGAGAUGGUACAGGAGUUCAUGACAGCAUUGUAAACCAGUUGCUUACAAAGAUUGAUGGUGUGGAAGCACUGAAUAAUGUUCUGCUUAUUGGAAUGACUAAUAGAAAGGAUUUGCUCGAUGAAGCACUUAUGAGACCAGGCCGGCUGGAGGUUCAAGUUGAGAUUAGCCUUCCUGAUGAAAAUGGUCGCCUUCAGAUUCUUCAAAUUCAUACAAACAAAAUGAAGGAGACCUCCUUUCUUGCUCCUGAUGUGAACCUUAUGGAGCUUGCCGCUCGCACAAAGAAUUACAGUGGUGCAGAACUCGAAGGUGUCGUAAAGAGUGCUGUGUCAUUUGCCUUGAACAGACAAUUAAGUCUGGAUGACCUCACCAAGACAGUUGAUGAAGAGAGUAUCAAAGUCACAAUGGACGAUUUCUUGCAAGCACUCCAUGACAUUGUUCCUGCCUUUGGAGCUUCCACGGAUGAUCUUGAGCGGUGCAGGCUCAAUGGAAUGGUGGACUGUGGCAAACGCCACCAGCAUAUCUAUCAAAGGGCUAUGCUGUUGGUGGAGCAAGUCAAAGUCAGCAAAGGAAGCCCGCUUGUUACCUGUCUUCUGGAAGGCCCAAGUGGCAGUGGUAAAACUGCAUUGGCAGCAACUGUUGGCAUUGAUAGCGAUUUCCCUUAUGUUAAAAUAGUCUCAGCUGAAACAAUGACCGGCCUACAUGAAAGCACCAAGUGUGCGCACAUUGUCAAGGUCUUUGAAGAUGCUUACAAAUCACCACUGAGCAUCAUAGUCCUUGAUGACAUCGAGAGAUUGCUGGAGUAUGUAGCUAUUGGUCCUCGUUUCUCAAACAUUAUUUGUCAGACUCUACUAGUCUUGCUCAAACGUCUUCCUCCCAAGGGAAAGAAACUCCUCGUAUUUGGGACGACCAGCGAAGUCGAAUUCUUGGACUCAAUUGGCUUCUGCAAUGCAUUCUCCAUCACUCACCACAUCCCGAAUCUCAAGACAGACGACGCCAAGAAGGUGCUGCAACAACUCAACGUAUUCGCCCCACAAGACAUCGAUGCAGCGGCAGAAGCAGUAAACGACAUGCCGAUCAAGAAGCUGUACAUGUUGAUCGAGAUGGCAGCACAAGGGGAGCACGGUGGAUCGUCGGAAGCUAUCUACUCCGGUAAAGAGAAGAUUAAGUUCGAUCAUUUCGUCGAUUGCCUCCAAGACGUUAUUCGAUACUGA